GGCUAGUGAGUUGCCGGUUUGACUGCCGUUCCAAGGCACUUUCACGGGUAGAAGGUUGUGAAAACACGGGAAACGGGUUGCCUGGAACGCACCAUAGAACCCGCGCGUCCAAUUAGCGCCAGACAGACACCGCUCGAGACGUGAAGCCUCGGAGCCGACGACUCUGCUAUGGUGACUGAGCUGUGGAGACGAGCUGUGUGAGCCGCAUCAGGAACACGUCCCUCACUUCACCCCAUGGCUGACGGAGCAGGCGGAGGGGAUGACGACGUCAUUCACCUGGCGAGCUUCAACGUCCACCGCAGUCAAGGCCGGCGCUUGCGGAGGAAGGAGUUCAUCACCAUCUCUGACGACUCGGACGACGAGCCGCUCAACCUGGUCUUGGGCCGCCCCGCGCUGAUCCCCGACGACGCAGACGACGACGUCCGCAUCCUGGAGUCUCUGACUCCGUCACGAAGACACCUGAUCCGCCCGGCCGCCCCCUGGUGCGGCGACCUCCCUCUCCACCCGGUGCGAGGCCCUAACCCGGCCUCGGCGGAGCAGCCGGGCCCUUCCGGCUCGCGUGCCGUCACCGCCCGCCUCAUUAAGGUGGAGGCCCCGCCCCCUACGCCGGUCACCCCCUCUACCUCCAGCAUCUGGGAUGACGCCCGCCUUCCAAGCACCUCGGGCACCUCGGGGGCCCCCCAACGGCCGCCCGGCCCUCGGACCCGCCAUGACUCCAUAGAACACACGGAGCCACGCCACAGCCCUCAGGCCAGCACUAGCGCCGCUAGCACUAGCGCCGCUAGCACUAGCACCGCUCACCACAGCCCUCAGGCCAGCACUAGCACCGCUAGCACUAGCACCGCUAGCCACAGGCCUCGGGCUAGCACUAGCACCGCUAGCACUAGCGCCGCUAGCCACAGGCCUCGGGCUAGCACUAGCACCGCUAGCACUAGCGCCGCUAGCCACAGCCCUCAGGCUAUCACUAGCACCGCUAGCACUAGCGCCGCUCGCCACAGCCCUCAGGCUAGCACUAGCACCGCUAGCACUAGCGCCGCUCGCCACAGCCCUCAGGCUAGCACUAGCACCGCUAGCACUAGCGCCGCUCGCCACAGCCCUCAGGCUAGCACUAGCACCGCUAGCACUAGCGCCUCCACCCAGACCCAGCGGAUCCAGAUGGGAGGGGCCCAGGGCCAGCCGGCCGCCGCCCCGCAGCCCGGGAUGCUGCAGGGCCCCGCUGUGCCCGGCCCCCCCACGGGGCCCCAGGCUGCCCUGCCCCAGCCCCGCGGGGGGGGCCCUAUCCACAUUGUGGCGACAGUGCACACAUUUGCCCCACCCCAGGCCCCACCCCAGGCCCCAGCCCAGGCCCCGGCCCCACGCGCCCCCCAGGUCAGACCUGCGGCCCCCCCGGCGGUGCUGAUAGCCGCCGCCCCAGAGAGACUGGGCCCCCCUGAGGUGGGCCACCGUAUCAGGCUGGGGAGCCAGGCCCCCGGAGAGGCCCAGCUCAACCCCCCCCCCCAGGCCGGGGCCCCCAGUGCCCCCCCCCAGGCCGGGGCCCCCCUCGCCGCCCUGGUCCGCCCCAGACCCCCCAUCCUCAGGCAGGCGCAUUUCAUUCUGGCUCCGGCUGCAAACCCGACCCCAGCCAGGGCUCCAGCGGCCCCCGUGUUGCCGGCCCCCCCGGUGCCGGCCCCAGCAGACAUUCCCAGGCUGGAGGAGGCCAGGCCGGGCCCCUCGGCGCCGCAGGACGGACCCGGGGGGGCCCGACCCGAGCUUCCACCCCACGUCAGAGCCCUGAUGGCCGGAGUGCUGGAUCUCUUCCCUGAUGUGCAGAGCGACCAUGUGGCUCAACUCAUCCAGCAGAACAACGUCACCGACCUGAAUGUGAUCUGUAACAUGCUGCUGGAGAACCCAGCCUAUCCCAGGAGACAGGCUGCUCCCCCCGCCCCCACCAGCAUCCUGCUGGAGUCUGGAGAGCAGGAGGCUGAGGUGACGGAGGACCUGUUCGACCUCAGCCGUCUUGGCGUCGCCCCUGAGGCCCUGAUGCAGGCCACUGACCUGCUGAUGGCCGACUUCAGGAUGCUCAGCUGCCAGGACCUCAAGUGGGUCCUCAACGCACUCAAGGGACACUAUGCAAUCACACGCAAGGCCUUAUGUGGAGCUCUGAAGAAGUGGCAGGACUCUGGAGACCCCCCGGGGAAGAGACGGCGGAGUAGGAUGGCGUCAGAGCGCUGCUACGUGGACCUCCAGUUUGAGCACGGCAAUGUGAAGUUGGAAAAGAGGAUGUACUUCCUGGAGAACGACCGGCGGUACUUCCGGACCUACGGGACGCUGGAGCCCUCGCUGCAGGCCGAGCUGGCCUUCUACCAGCGGAGGGCCAAGGAGUCCGCCGAGCAUGAGGACUUCCUGCUGGCUCUGCAGGUCAACGAGGACGAGUACAAGAUGGACGGACAGCUCAUCGAGUGCGGCUGCUGCUUCGGGGAGUUUGCCUUCGAGAAGAUGACUCAGUGCUCCGACGGCCACCUCUUCUGCCAAGAGUGCCUGGUCAAAUACGCUCAGGAGGCCGUGUUCGGCUCUGGACAGUCGGAGCUCAGCUGCAUGUCGGGGGGGUGUCCCUGCUCCUACCCGGUGUGUGAGCUGGAGAAGGUUCUGCCGGAGAACAUCCUGAUCAAGUACUACGAGAGGCAGGCUGAGGAGGCCGUGGCCGCCACCUGCGCCGAUGAGCUCGUACGGUGUCCCUUCUGCAACUUCCCUGCCCUGUUGGACAAGGCCAUGUCUCUGUUCAGCUGCCCCAACCCCCGUUGUCGCAAGGAGAGCUGCAGGAAGUGCCAUGUUCAGUGGAAACAACACGUGGGGAAGACAUGUGACCAGGUCCUGGAGAGGGAUGAGAUCCGUAUGAGGGUGCUGUU